GUGUUUGGGACGAUUACGAUCUCCAAACAUUUGUCAGCGACAAGAAACACGAAAGUGAAUGUAUUGAUGGCUAUUUGCAUUUAAACGGGAAGAUUAAUAUCAAAUAUGCCUACAAAACAGAAACAGCACGGCGCUCAUUAAAUGCAGCUUCGCAAGCUCAUGCUUACAAUAUGCCGUCCCAAGAAACUGAAAAUCAAGAUGAACAGUCAGAUGCAGAUAUCAACGGGGGGCAGUUGAUUAUAAAAAUGUUAGAAGUGUAUCAAGUAGUAGAAGACCGUUUACAAGACCCUUGGAGAUAUAAACCAACGGACAUUGAAGUCGCGAAAAUGAAAAAGAAGCUGGAAAACAUAGAAACUCUCCCAGGACUAGGUCUAGAAGUAUACAAUAUUUUACUCAUUGGGAUCAUUGGUGCGGGAAAGUCAAGUUUUUUCAACACACUGGCUACAGUUUUUGCAAAGGAUGUUAAGUCACACGCAAUAGUCGGCGAAGAAGCCGAAAGCAUAACAAACGAAGUGCAUGCUUACAAACUGGCUACUGACACAGGGAAGCAGUUGAAAUUGCGCAUCUUUGACAUAAGAGGUUUCGAAGACAAGAGAGGAUACGAUAACGAACUUGAUCUUCUACUCGAAGGCAAACUACCAGUCGGCUUUAAUUUUCCAGAACAGCCAACAUCUUUGAGUCCGGAGGAACUUAAUCAGAACAGAGGUUUGAAAGAUGAAAUACACCUAGUAUGCUUUGUUGUGGACGCAACAAAUCUCGAUGUGGUGUCCGAUGAGAUACAAAAACGAAUUUCAGAUAUUAAAAAGGCUAUUCGCACGAAAGCUAUGCCAAUGGUAUCUGUUGCCACAAAAUUUGACAACCUAUGUCCAAAGAUAUCUGAAAACGCGGAUCAUGUUUACAACAGUCCUAAAGCUAAAGAUUCAACAAAGGCUGUUUCGGCAUGCUUUGGCAUUCCACUCAAACACGUGUUUCCGAUAGUGAAUUACAUGGACGAAACUGUUCAUAGCAGUGGCAAAGACAGACUGGCUGUUCAAGCUUUAAACUCUAUGGUGCAGUUAAUGGUGGACUAUCUUCAGCUACACAAAGGUAUGGCAAAGAAAUGUGACAGUUGGACUAGACGUCCAAAUCAUCUGACAGUCUCAAAAUCCGAUCAUGAGAGAAGCCUGCAGAUCUUGGGUAUGGCUGACCUUUUGAGCGACUUUAAUGACAGAAAUUUGAAUGUUCUGUGCGUUGGUUAUGUACACAGUGGAAAGUCUUCAUUUAUAGAUGCAGUUUCUUCAUUAUUAACAGGAAAAAUAUCUAAGCGAGUUAGCAAAGGUUUCACAUGUGAAGACGAUGCACACGUAUCUCCAGAAUCAACAACGGAAACGUUUGAGAUGUACAAAAUCAAAUAUAAGAACGACGCCGGUGAAAUGUUGACAACAAAAGUGCGCUUCGGUGACAUGCCAGGCUUUCAAAAAGAAGGGGGAAUGACUUUCGAUCAUGCUAAAAAUGUCGUAAAUGGGAAAGUGCCAAAUAAAUUCAAGAUCAAACAAGGAAUUACUAAGGAAUCCAAGAAGUACAUUAAAAAGCCCACAAAAGAGAACAAGAUACACUGCAUUUGCUACGUGUUUGAUGUUUGCAGUGUAGACUCGCUCCAGGAGUCUUUUGUUACAGAGUUCAAAUAUUUUCAGACAUGGCUUCGCAUAAAAGGUAUACCUUACAUUGUCAUACUCACUAAGGCUGAUAGGCUGAGCGAUGCGGUGAAAGAAAAUUGUCUCCAGGUUUUCGACAACAUGGCUGUAAAGGAAAUCAAGGACAAGCUCAUAAAAAAGUUCAACUUUGUGGAAAGUAAAAUGUUUCCAGUUAUCAACUAUGUCCAUCAGGAUCGAGUUGUUCCGGAAAUGGACGCUCUCCUUUCAGAAGUUUUCAAAGAGAUACUGGAUACAGGGAGAGAAUAUUUAGAUGAUUUAGAGGAAAGUAGCGGGGGAGAAGACGUAUCUGACGAAGAAAGCGAUGAUGAAAGUGAAUAAAUUAUAUUCCAGAUAUGUGCAUUAGACUUGGUUUAGACAUUGCUUCUUUUUGAUUGUCUAAUUAAUGGAAAUGUCGUCCAUUUGAUCUAACCGUGAAAUCAUUACUUAUCGAAGCAGAAAAUCUGUCAUUUGUGAACCAUUGCGUACUAAAGGUUGUAUGAGUAUUAUCAAUGCACUUUGUAUAUGAAUGCACUUUAACUACGAUUAUGCUUUAUUCCAAACUUUCGUUAUAUUAAUUGCUGUAAACUUGCAUUAAAGUUAUAUGUUUUGAUGAUAUUCAGGUUUACUUCUCUUGUUGGUGUAUAUUUUUGUGUAUAUUUAUAGGUUAUUAGCUUUGUAUCGAGAAAUAUGCACGAGUUCUUCAGCGGAAAUAUUGCGCGACUACAGGAGCGCAAUAUUCUUCCGCUGAAGAACGAGUGCAUAUUUCCCGAUGCAAAGAUAAUAACCUUUUUAUUACAUA